AUGGUGGUUAGGAAAGUGGGGAAGUCUGAAUUAGGUAGGAGAAGCGGUGAAGGCACCGUCGCCAAAGUGAAGUACGCCUCAGAACAUGCAAACGGUGAGUGCGUCGCCAUGAAAACUGUCGAUCAUAGGUCCACCAUCAAGCGGAAGAAGAACUAUGGCAAAAGCUGGUGGAUAGCGUUCAAGAAUGAAAUAUACACAUUGUCAAAGAUCGAGCAUAUGAAUUUAGUAAAGCUCUAUGGAUUUCCUGAACAUGAAGACGACAAGGUUAUUGUUGUUGAAUAUGUUAGCAAUGGAACCCGAAGAGAACAUCUAGAUGGAUUCUCAAAGUUUAUUAAAACUCAGGUUUACACGGUAAUCGCCUUCAAAUGGAACAACGUCUUGAGAUUGCGAUUGAUGUAG